ACCAACAUAGAGAAGAAAAGAGAUAGAAAGAUGUCGAAGAAGGACGAGGUCGUAGUCCUGGACUUCUGGGUGAGCCCUUUUGCAAUGAGGGUGAAGAUAGCAUUAGAGGAGAAAGGCAUCAAGUUUGAGGCACGCGAAGAGGACUUGCUUGGAAACAAAAGUGAGCUACUACUGCAAUCAAAUCCAAUCUACAAGAAGGUGCCCGUCUUGCUACACAAUGGCAAGCCACUCUGCGAAUCCCUGGUCAUCCUCAACUACGUCGAUGAGACGUGGCCUUCACCACCCUUACUUCCCACGAGCCCUUAUGAGCGAUCGGUGGCCAAGUUUUGGGCAGACUUUGUGGACAAGAAGAUAUUUGAGGGGGGAAGCAAGAUAUGGAAAAGCAAAGGCGAGGCGUUAGAGGUGGCAAAGAAAGAGUUUGAAGAGUGUUUAAAGCUGUUGGAGGGAGCCCUUGGGGAGAAAGAAUACUUUGCAGGGAACGGAUUUGGGUUUGUGGACAUCGUCCUCAUUCCUCACAUCUCUUGGUUUUAUGGCUAUGAGCAAUUCGGGGGCUUCAAAGUAGAGGAACAGUGCCCCAAACUCGGUGCCUGGAUGAAGAGAUGCUUGGGAAGGGAAUCUGUUGCCAAAGUGCUUCCUGACCCGGCAAAGGUUCAUGAGUUCAUCUGCAAGUUGAGGAAGAUGCAUGGGAUUGAGUAG